GAAAGAGCUGUGGUGGCUAAAAAGUGAAAAUGCACUGUGAACGGAGGAGUUCCUGGGAGGUUGGACUGAGCAGGCACCGGCUGCUCUGUGAACACUACAGUCUGGCACACAGACUGAGGCAGAGCUGCAGGGAGGACGAGUCUCUGAGAUCUUGACCGCACCGGAGCUUUGGUGAAUAGUUUGGGCAGCUGCUGAGCCCCUGAAGGCAUCAUGGUUGUGUCGGUGCGGAGCUGGGUCGCCAACGAAGGAGGGAAGCACUUCGUCCUGAUUCUGUGGCUGGGAGUUAACACCUGGCUGUUCAUCAGCACCUUCCUGCUCUACUUCACUGGACAGCAAUACCACUACCUCUACAAGAUGCUCGGGCUAGGGUUGUGCAUCAGCAGGGCGUCUGCAUCUGUGCUAAACCUGAACUGCAGCCUGGUGCUUUUGCCCAUGUGUCGCUCUUUGGUGACCUUUGUACGAGGAACACGGAUGAUAUCAAGCAGAAAGACACGCAGACUGCUGGACAAGUGCAAGACCUUUCAUGUGGCGUGUGGCGUUGCCAUCUGCAUCUUUUCUGUUAUGCACGUUUCUGCCCACCUGGUUAAUGUUGUCAGAUUCAGUGUGAGAUACUCAGAUGACUUUCCGGCUCUCAAUUUGGCUCGCUACAGAGAAGAGGACCCCAUGCUGAUUAUUCUGACCACAAUCCCAGGAGCCACUGGUGUGCUGCUGGUCCUCAUCCUCUUCCUGAUGUUCAUAUCCUCCUCCUACUGUGUACGCAUGUCCAACUAUGAGAUCUUCUGGUACACACACAACCUCUUCAUUGUUUUCUACGUCAUCCUGAUGAUGCACAUGGUUGGUGGAGCUCUAAAGUAUCAGACCAACAUAGAGGCACACCCCCCUGGUUGCUUCAGAGCCAACCAGAGCAGCACCGAGCAGCAGGGAGAUGAACUGGAUACGAGUGAAGAAGAGGAGAGGCGAUGCAGCGAGGACGCUCACUUCCAGCCACAUUAUCCCCAGACGUGGCUGUGGGUGUCUGGUCCUCUCUGUCUCUACUGUGUGGAGCGUUUCUACCGCUACAUCCAGAGCCGUGACCCUGUUACCAUAGUGACAGUCAUCAGGCACCCUUGCGAUGUCGUGGAGUUGCGCAUGCUGAAAAAGAACUUCAAAGCUCGACCUGGACAGUAUAUUCUUCUUAACUGCCCAGGUGUCUCCUCAUUUGAGAACCAUCCCUUCACGCUCACAAUGUGUCCCACAGAGAAUAAGGAAACUUUGGGCAUCCAUCUGCGAGCUGUGGGAGACUGGACUGAACGAUUCACACAGCUGCUGCUUCCUGAGCCAAGGAUAGACAUGGAGAUCCUUCCCAUGGCCCAACAGAGGAGAUACCCCAAUGUUUAUGUUGAUGGGCCAUUUGGAGGUCCAUCAGAAGAGGUAUUCAACUAUGAUGUCAGUCUUUGUGUUGCCGGUGGAAUAGGAGUCACCCCGUUCGCCUGUGUGCUGCGUGCGCUGCUUGAUGGCUGGAUGGGUUUCAGGUUGCAGAGGCUGUAUUUUGUGUGGGUCUGCAAGGAACUCCAGUCCUUUUACUGGUUCGCAGAGCUGCUGUGUGCUCUGCAUCACAAGCUCUGGAACGAAAACAGACCGGACUACUUUAAUCUGAAACUGUAUAUCAGUCAACCAGACAGCUUGCAGCGCAUGUCUGAGGAGAAGUACCGCCCACUCACAUCAAGGAUGCAGAUUGGUCGGCCCAGGUGGAAGUUACUUUUUGAUGAAAUUGGAAAAUCCAACAAACAUAAACGUGUUGGUGUUUUCUGCUGCGGACCGAAAGGCAUCUCCAGGACUCUCCACCGACUGUGUCCGGCACAUCGAAACAGCCUGUUGGGUGCUUUAAAUAAGCUUCAACUUUGGUUUGUGAUCCAAUCAACAUGUGAGAAAAGCUUGGAGUCUCCUGAAGCUGCUGUAUCAUCCCUGCCCUGUUGCACCCCUCUGUGGAGUAAAAUUGCAUUCUCAUGUUGGAGUCGAGUGUGAGGAAAAAGGUGUGACUCAGCCCUAAAAUGCCCUCAACCACAAACACAACAAGGCAUUAACCAUGAGGGAAUUGCUCUGCAGACCAGCGCCUGAAACAUCACUCAGGGAUGAGACAGUUUUUAUUUAGGAGGUGGUGGGCUGAUAAACGCAGCACAUUGAAACAAUGCAAGCAAAUCAGCUGAUAAUCAAGGGAUUUUGUUUGGUGUCAACUUCCAGCCAGACUUUAUUUGACCUUUACUCGACUCCAGACUCACACAAGUCAAGCUUGAUCUUAUCACAGUAUUAAGAGACUUAAGAGCCAAGCCCCCACCUAGUUCUAAAUAUCCAAAAUAUAUGGAUAUCUUCUACAUCCAGAAUCAACUGGCCCAACAUUUGUUUUGUCAGCAUCUAAAAUAUACUGCUCACACAUUCUUAAGUCUUGCUUAUUACCAAGUUGUAAUCACCCUGGAUUUGUCGAUGAACGCUGACUAAAUGAUGAUCACAUUCUUCAAAUACAGUGCUUAACAAAUUUAUUAGACAUUAAACCACUAAAACUGAUUUCUCUGUUCGGGUAAUUAAGUGUAAUUUGGUAUCGUACUCAAAAAAUAAUAAUAAUGUGCUUUACUAUUUUUUCAUACUUUUGUAAAGCAGUAAACUUGAAAAUGAAUGGAUAAUAACAAUAAUUAUAUUUUAGCAUUAAAGGUAUUUCUAUUAAAGAACCUGUGCAUACUGGUGAAUCAACUAUUACAGCAACAUAAAAAUGAUUUUAGUAAUUACCAGUACUGUUCAUUUAGGGCAACUGUGGGCUAAAUUUACACUGGGGCGAUGGUCGAAGAAAAUUGUCAAGCACUAUAUGUUUAGCACGUUUAAACGCUCAGAAAAGGGGGCAAGGAUUUUAGGUCUCUGCAGAUUGUUACGGGUCUGUAUGUUUCUCUCACUGUGGAAGGAUUUGUAGACAGCCUGAAGGGAAGUGUGACAUUUGACAAAACUAAGAGGCAGAAAAAAGUAUUACAACACUUAUCUCAGAGUCUGAGGCAGUGUGGUUUAAAAAUGGGCACAUGAUGAUGCAGUCUUUACACACACUACACCUCAAGCUUUUUUUUUGCUUUUUUUUUUUGCUUACUUUAUUUAUAUUGUUUAAAAUAAAUGUACAAUUUGACAUGUCAAGGUUCUGCAGGAUUUUGGCAAUUUUUACUGAGUAGACUUACAGGUAUAUAAAGCUGGCACAAUUUGAGGUUAUGAUGAUUUACUGGUUUACUUUAGUAUUUGUCAUGUUUAUAAGCUCUGAUUUUUUUUUUCUUUUUUGAAUGCCACAAACUGGAGACUGGAGGUUUCUCCAAAGAAUAAACAUCUUGAUUUUUUUGUCUGAUCAACUGAGUAAACAUUGUAAUUAUAAUUUGAAAUUUCUGACAUUUAUCUAAAUCUUUGGGAUCAACUUUCUUUUUUUGGCACAAGUAUGAAAUAAAUGAUUUAUAUUUAUUACAUCUUUAUUAAAUGUACUGUUUUCAAUCAUUGUGUGAUUUAGUUUUACAUUUAUUUAUAAUUGAAACUAUACAUUUCUAGUCUUAAUGACCACUCGAACAUCGCACUGCAGUGCAGUAACUGAACAGCCCAGUCAAUCAGCAUUACAUGCAGAUUUCUGCCGCCAUGCUGCAAAACACACAAUCUCCUAGUUAUUUUUAAGUGAUUAUCAACAUUAUUGCAUAAAAAAUAGGCAGCAAAUUUGCAUCAAGUUAGAUUUUUAAUGAAGCAUGUACAAACUCAGGAUUCAUCUUUGUAAGCACUGUAACAACUACAGUUAAUUUGCUUGUGAGAGGAUUGCAAGCAAAACUGUACGCUGUCUUUUAGCAUCAGUUCAAAUACAGUAGAGAGUACAUUAGAAAUUUAGUCAGUGUUUUCUCUGAAAUCAUAUUUUUAACCACCCAAACUAAACUCACAACAGUGGUUAUUGUACAUUUUUUACAUUUAUCGCAUUUUUCACAAAAACCCGGAAGUUAAAACUACAUCAGAAAAACUACUUUGAGCCUUACUUCCUCAAGGAAUCCCAAAAUAAUUUUUCUAUUCCGAAUGUGUGCUGACUGAAUGCAAAACAUUUUAAGGUGAUCCUCCCAGUGGCAGCUCCCUGCUGUUCGCUUAUAGUCUCUUUUUAAAUGGUCUCAAAUCUUAAAGGUUUGGUUCACCUGUCUCCAUCACGCUAAUACAAA